AUGAUUAACAACCCUUCGAUCGACUACGAGAAGGCCUCGACGCCAUAUCGCGAACCCCGGGCAAGCUCCAUCGUCAGCGAUUGCAAUCUCAAGCAGAUCGCACUAAUUGAAAAUGAGGAAGACCCCUACUCCAAGAAGCCGCUUCAGGAGAAGAUCAUCUGGGGUAUCAUCUACGGUACUGCAUCGCUGGCCGCGCUAUACUUUUUCAUGGUGGCUGUCAAACUUAUCGGUGAUGGUUUCACGCUGGCACUUGGAUGUGACACGAAGGGAGCCUUCGACUUCGCCGAUAACCCCGUGGCUGGUCUGAUGAUUGGUACCAUCGCCACUGCUCUGCUUCACAGCUCGGGUACGGUGACUUCUAUCGUCGUGGCUCUUGUGGGCUCUGGUGGUAUGACGAUUCGUCAGGGUGUGUAUGUGAUCAUGGGUGCCAACAUUGGUACGUGCAUCACGUGCAUCAUGGUAGCGUUCGGUCAGGUCGGAGACCGUGCUCGUUUCCAGCGUGCUAUGGCCGCCGCUACGGUCCACGACAUGUACAACCUGUGGUCGGUCUUCGUGUUGUUCCCUCUUGAAGUGCUCUUCCACCCUCUCGAGGAGCUGUCAGUCGCCAUGUCCAAUGCCCAGACUGACAGUGGCGCGUUCUCGAGCCCUAUCGACGCCAUUGUGAACCCGCUUGCGAAGGAGAUGAUCGUUGUGGAUAAGAAGGCCAUCUAUAAAGUCGCUACAGGCGAUUUGGUGUGCGAACCCGGCCAGUCAUUCGUCAAGGGAGGCGCGUUCGAGGGUUCAAGCAUGAGUGACGGCAGCAUCGGAGCCAUUGUGGUCGUGAUCGGUUUCUGUAUCCUGGUCUGCUCUCUGCUCACAUUGGUGAAAAUGCUUGCCAAGGUCUUCAUGGGCCCCACCAAGCGUCUCAUUUCCAAGCUGCUGAACUACAAUGGCUAUAUCAACAUCCUUGUCGGAACGAUGAUCACAUUCGUCGUUCACUCAUCGACAGUCGUCACAUCCACCCUUACUCCGUUGGCAGGUCUGGGUGUUGUAUCGCUGGAGCAGGUGUACCCGUUGGUGAUCGGAGCCAACCUCGGUACGACGGGCACGGCUCUACUUGCAGCUUUGGUGACGGGCAAGUCCGACUCUGUGGCCAUUGCUCUCGUGCACUUCUGGUUCAACGUGUUCGGCAUCCUGCUCUUCUACCCGAUCCCGCUCACUCGCAAGCCCAUUUUGGGCUGGGCACGCUCGUUGGCAUUCUCUAGUGCCGCGUGGCCUAUGACCGCUGUGCUGUUCCUCAUCGUGCUCUUCUUGGUGGCACCGGGCAUUCUGCUUGGGUUGGUGUACAUGUGCACCGCUGACAGCACCGCGGUGGAGGCGAUCGGAUACAUCUUGUCUGCAAUUGCGGUGAUUGCACUGGUGGGUGUCAUCUUCUGGUACCAGAAGAAGGGCGGUCGCACGGUGUGGCACGCAUUUUUAGAGAAGAAACGUCAAGAACGCGAAAUUCAGGAUCCUGACAGGUCGUCCACUCAGUCGAACCUUGUCGUGUGAAAAAGACUGUCUUUUCAAACUGUCGUUUCAAUUGAAUCUAAGCAACACUUUCUGAAAUUUAUUUCGCACUAGACCAC